CCACGGAGCCGGGGGAGGGACGGGGAGCCCCGCACGGAGCCCGGGGCGAGCGCGGUCCUCCCCGGGAGGGGGCAAGGGGACAGCGAAGGGGAAGCCCCGGGGGGCAGGAGGGGUCCGGCCGGCGCCCUCCCCGUCCCCGCACCCCCUUGGCGGGCGGGAGGCCCGUGGGGGCGCGGCGCCGCCGCCGGAGCGCCGGCAGCUCCUCCCCGGCGGUGCCCCGGGAGUGGGAAUAAAGACAGAUAGCGGGGCGGGCGGGGAGGGACGGGCGGAGGGAGGGAAGAGAAGCGAAGGGAAGGGAAGCGAAGGGAAGGGGGCAGGCGGAAAGUUGGCUGCGCGGCCCGCGGCGAUGCCGGUGGGGCGCCGAGCGCUGCGGCUGGGGCUGGGGCUGGGCGGGCUCGGCGGGCCGUAGGGCGGCGCGGGGCGCAGCGAGCCCCCGGCCCGGCCUCCAGGCGGGCGGCAGCGGGCGGCCCGGGCGGGGACGGGGACGGCGGCGGGGCCGGAGCCGGAGCGCCCGCAGGGGGAGCGGCACCGCGGAGCCGGCCGCCGCCGGGCGCGCUCGGGGGAAAGAUGAGCCUGCUGUCAGCCAUCGACACCAGCGCCGCGUCCGUCUACCAGCCCGCCCAGCUCCUCAACUGGGUCUAUCUCUCGCUGCAAGACACGCACCAGGCCAGCGCCUUCGAUGCCUUCCGCCCCGAGCCCUCCUCCUCGCAGCACCCCGACCUCGGCUACACCAAGAGCCCGCCGGAGCUGGGCUCCUCGCUCGGCUCCAGCUAUCUCAACAGCUUCUUCCAGCUGCAGCGCAGCGAGGCUCUGAGCAGCAGUCUGUAUAAGAGUGCAUCUCCUUAUGGCUCUCUUAACAACAUAGUGGAUGGGUUAAGCUCCCUCACUGAGCAUUUUUCUGACCUAUCCCUUUCUUCAGAAGCCAGAAAACCCAGCAAGAGGCCACCUCCUAACUACUUGUGCCACCUCUGCUUUAACAAGGGACACUACAUCAAAGACUGCCCACAGGCUCGCCCCAAAGGAGAAGGCUUGACUCCAUACCAGGGCAAGAAACGCUGCUUCGGUGAAUAUAAGUGCCCAAAAUGCAAGAGAAAAUGGAUGAGUGGAAACUCCUGGGCUAACAUGGGACAAGAAUGUAUCAAGUGCCACAUUAAUGUUUAUCCUCACAAACAGAGACCCCUGGAAAAGCCGGAUGGCCUGGAUGUUUCAGACCAGAGCAAAGAACAUCCCCAGCACCUGUGUGAGAAGUGCAAAGUUUUGGGCUACUACUGCCGCCGUGUGCAAUAAACCUUCCAAGUGGCCUCUUCCCGUCCCCAUCAUCCUGAAAAAUCCUCUGGCAGCACGUGAUCAACAGCAACACAACAAAUCAAGAUAAAAGCUAAAAUAAUUGCCAAUAUUGCCUAUCUAUAACCUAAUAGUAUGCCUUACAGUAACAGAAUGUAGUAUUUCUCCUGUGUAUGCACACACAUGCAACAGGUAUUUACAGGACUAUGGUGAAUUCGUAUACAUACAUAUGUAAACUUACAUAUAUAUGUACACACACAUUUAUAUAAGCAUUACUGAUAGUGUUCACAACAGAACCACAGCUGCGGGUUCUGCUGAUUGUUUACACAGACCCUAUAUCAUGGCCAGGUGAAAUGAAGUACUAUUCAUUAGGCAAGAUGUAACAUUGACAGGGAAUAUGUGAUAAAUGGGUUUUGCAGAGGUUAAAUAACUGUGGGGCCACUAAUUGCAAGCACUCACCCACAACAUGAACAUUAUUCCUAUUAUAUGACAAGACAAAGGAAGAUUAAACAAGCCACAACAUAAAAGAAGGAAAAUCAUUGUUUUCCGAGUUUUAGAAAGUCUGAGAGUUUUGUGCUGCUGCUUUCUUGGACUUUUCUAUUUGUUAGUGUCAUUUGGGCAGGGCUUAGGCAAAAUCUUUUUUUUGCAGGAUGUGGCCAAAAAAAGUGAAUAAUUGUUUGAGGGUGUGGUUUGUGUAGAAAGGGAAUGCCAUAACAGGACCCAGAGCAUCAGGAAGGAUUCCAAGAGGUUUUUGGAGGAGAUGAAAUUGGCUUGCUUGUGUGACUAACAGAUCCUUCUCUUGUCAUAUAAUUCUGCUACAAUGGUCCCUGUAUGCAUAUCGGCUAUUCAUUGGGCUGAAAGCACACUAAAUUUACUGUGAAUAACGGGGGAUAAGAAUGUUUAAAAUUGUCCCCCAAACCCUUAAUUAAAUGAUUAGCCAAACUUACUAUUUAUAGUAGUUUUAAAGCCACUUUCUGGAAGUAUUUUUAUGUCCUGUUUUCUACUGUGCAAAUUGUUAUAACAAAAACUUUUUAGCCAUAAGGGUGUUAUGAGGCAUGAAGAGCACUCUAUAUAACCUUCCCACUUCUGUCUUCCUGAUACACCUAUAUACCUUAGGAGCAAUGUAGGAGUUAUAUUUGGUUGUCCCAUUUCAGGUAGAACUUUGGGCAGGGGCAUCCUGUUGCAAAGAAGUAUCUCAUCAGGGAUUGGAAAAUACCAUGAAAUGAAAGUACCUCGAGACAGUAUCCUGUUUGUCUGUCUAUAUAAGUACAGUGACACAACAAGCAAUUCAGUUGCAUAACUUACUAAGAAAAAUUACAGGGAUAAUGGUUUGUGUUUUAUUUUUUAAUCAACAAUUUCUAUUUUUGUGAAAUUUCCUUUAGAGAGAUUGGUUGGUGUGAAUGAUACCUAGCAGCAAUAUUUUAAGUCCUAAAUAACUUGAUGUGAAUUUAAUCUGUUUUGAGGAUUAACUCCGUAAUGCUAAUACAGAGGGUUUUUUCUGCCAAGCAAUACCAAGAUGUAACUAAGUAUGUACAGUCAAGCUCUUGUAACGCAAAUUGAAUACUUACUGAGCAUUCUUAUAGGAAAUGUGAAGCUCUUCACAAAUUUGCCCUGAGGUGAAAUUUUCCACUAUUUCCCUGCUUUGCUAUAAACAGGGCAAAAUUGUUUCUGCUGAUUCUGGUGGAAGGGUUAUCUAUAUAUCUUGCAAACUUCUUUAUUUAUGUGUAAGCCCAGGUCAGCCUACUGGUCAAUGGAAAAACAUCGGGAUUUGUUGCUUCUGACCGUGAUUCUUUCAACAGCUCACUGAUUUGGGGCACGUCACAAGAUCCUUUUGGAUCUCAGUCUCCCCAGCUGCAAAAUGGGGAUAAUAAUACUGUGAGGCUCACAGGAUAAUAAUGCUGUGAGGCUCAUGUAAUAUCUACUAGAGCUUUGACAUCACUGCAUGAGAAAGGCUAUAUAAUGCUGAAAUAUUAACUAAAACUAAUCACUUGGAAACUAAUUUUGCCCAGUGAAAAUUCUAUCAACUAAAAUAGCUGAAGAAUAAUAUUAUUGAAACUUAACACUAAUAACAGAUUUCAUUUGCAUCAGUCAAGAUAUGCAGUUUUAGCAUUUUCAAAAAAAAAAUGCGUUGUUUUGCACAGACUCAAAAGUUACUUUAGAAAGAAUCUCUGAGCAAUGAUACUAACUUGUCCAUAAAAAAAUGAAGAAAAUAUGCAGGUGAAUGUAGGGGUGGAUUUUCAAAGUUUGACCUCUAGCAUUACUCUUGAUAUUUUGUUUCAAGCAUGCCUGAUGUUGAAAGAACAACAUAUGAAACCAGAUCUGUUUUUUCCUUUUGAGCACUUAACAGUACAUGAACAAAAUACUCCUUGAUGCUUCACAUCCAUCUAAAGGACAAGUACAGAAACUCCAUCAGAUCAAAAUAAGAAAAUUGUUUUCCAACCUGAAACUCAGAUGUUGCUACCAAUCAUUUUGCUUUGACGUGCUUCCUGUCUAAUAGUAACCACUAAAUUGGUGAAACAGCACAUCCCUCAGCACAGCUACAUUGAUACACAGCAUAUCACCAGAUUCUGAACAAAAGCUUACUACAAAAUACCAUUAUAUGCAAUUGUCAUGAUUUUCGUGACAGAGCCCUCCCAUGAAUUGUUUAUCCAGAUUCAACACUGCAUGGUGGUGCUUUUAGCUUAUGGACUUUUAGGUUUUAUUUUAAAAUAAGGUUCCUAAAGAUACACAUGAUCAAUUUCAAUGUAAUUAAUAUUGGUUGCUGUAGAAUAGUAAUUAUUCAAAGCGUAGUUAAAAGUUCAAUAUUUAUAUCAUGAUAUUAUCCUAGGCAGGAGACACAAAGUGUUGAAGUAAUAUCAAGUAAAUCUAAAACAACAAGAAAACAGGUUUAUUUCCCCCGCACUCAUGUUGGGGAAGAGCAGAUAAAGAACAAAAUGCAGGGAAAAUCUAGGAGCAACACUGCCAUGGUUUGUCCUGCCUAACUCUCCGUGCAAACCCUCCUGGGGUUGGAAGCAGCCCAUGCACAAGGUGCCUCCAUUUAUCCCUGCAUAAGUUUUGCAGCAUCCAAAAUUAAAAAAAGAUUGACUAUAAGAUGUAAAUUUAAUUUAUCUGACUUUUUUUUUUUUUAAAAGUAAUUUACAUGUAGACCUAACCUUUCCAAACUGCCAGAAAGAAAACCUAGAAAUUAAUAUUUUGACUGGAAAGACGAUGAGUUGAUUUACCACUUGGAUUUUUACAAAUACUUGCUGAUGUUCUCUUUAACUAGCUCUGCAUCUAAAUCUUCAGCUAGUCUUCUUCAAAGGGAUUAUUAAACAGUUAUCAGAAAUGAAGCACAGACCGGUAAAGAACUUGAAAUCCACACAAGUCUCCCUAAAUUGAGUAUUCUUGGGAGCAUACCCGAGAAAAGUUUGUCUCUUUGCACUUACUUGUCAAACUUCACUUUAAACCUCAUCAGAUUCUUACUAUUGUCUGCCCACCAACAGAUCUAUCCAGCAUGCACCAGUUUUAUCUUUUGUUCCCCAACAACCACCUUUUUGACCCUCUUUGGACAUUUUUAAACUUACAUUUCUUCAAUAAAAUCUAAAUGUGUUUCUUCACUUGGUCAGAACAUUUCACAUGGAAUUUGUCUUUGGCAUUGGCACUGUUUUGGAGAAAAGUAUCAGUGAUUCAAAACCAGCAUGUAUAGGCUUUUCGCUGUUUUAACUUGAUGCAGCUCCAAUUAAGUUAUUAUGAAUACUUCAUUUAGUAGCAAUGAAGAAAAAUCCCUGUAGCUUAAAAGGAUUGCCCAAUUUUAGCCAGUUUCUACUGCUGCUACCACAGACAUAAAACAAUGCCACACAAGCCAAGUUUGAGGCCUUUUUGUCUCAAAGUUGCCUUUUAAUUUCAAAUAAAUACACAAGAGUAUAUAUUAUUUCUGAAAAUAAGUGUAUUUUAAAGUUCCCCAUUAUAUGGGACUCAGUUUGUAAACUAAAAAUGUGAAGUUACGUAUUUCUGAGAGAAGCCUUUUGUCAAGACGUACUCUUUAUAUUUUACCUUUUGUAUAAUAGGAAAUUUAGAUUAAACAUGGGUUGCAUACUUGUGAAGCUCUAGCCAUUAUUCCAAAAAGAAGAAUUACUUAACCCAUGAAGAAGCUAAGAGCUUUUGGAAAAGUUAGUAUUCAUAGAUUAGUCCUCCACAUCCUGGAGUCGCACGGCGUUUUCUUUCCUAGCGUGGAUCCUAAGGGUUAUCCACUGAAUAGUAUGCAAUGAUUUUAAAAACACAUGUUGAUGAUUUAAGCGAACUGACAUACAUUUUCCACUUGCCUUUGCCAACAUUUAAAAUGUGAUGGAACUAUCCCCAUACCAAAUCAUUCUUUAAGAUAUCACUCCACUCCUGGUUGGGCUUCAACACAUCUUUCCUACCUGCAAAACCACUGCUGUCCAUUAAUGUUGCUAUAUUGCUGAAGUGCUCAGAGGGCUGAUUGAGAUCUUAGACAUAGGGAUGAUGGUUUGUGUUUCUAGGAUGAAUUUCAAAGGGACAAUCGUGUGCAGUUACUAGCUAUAGAUGAUUGAUAUAAAUGUUUACCCCUGUAUGAAGUAUUUUACAGUUUUACUUGCAGAUGUGUAUUUAUCUUGAGUUAUACUUGACAUAGAGUUUCUUUCAAUUUUUUUUUUAAUACUAUGUGUGUAUUUUGGAAACCUUUUUAGAUGUUAAAAUUUUUGAAUGGUUACAAAUAUUUCUUGUAAUACUGAAUUGUUAUCUUAUCUGGAAACUCUUUGCAGUAACUUUUUUGUAUAUAUUUGAGGGCCUUUUUAAAAAAAAGUAUUGUUUGUUCUUUGGGGAAAAGUUUUUACAACUUGGAAGCUUUCAGAAGGGCCUUCCUCUCAACUAGGAUACUAACAGAGGUAAGAGUUUUCUUAAGUAUUUUGCAGAACUAAGGAUGUAUCCUCAAGAAAAUAUUUAUGGAAGUAAUUUACUUUUUUUUUUUUUACAAUGCUUUUGUCUGUAUAAAGUAUGCAACAGAACUACAUUAAGAAGGAAAUAUUGUCUACAUAAAAUAUUAUAUGAAAGUUGGUACAUAAUUCUGACAAAAAACCUUGCAAUUCUUUAAGCCAUAUUGUUUUUGUUAUCCUUGGAUGAAAAUAUCAGUAUUAAGUAACCAAUAUAUUAUUCAAGUGCUUAGACUUAUAUGAAAAUGCUUAUACAUUUUAUUUAUGUGUAUUUGGGGAAGAAUCGCUAGAAAAAGCUAUCACUAGACAUAUAGCAAGUGAGAGAAAAAGUAUACUGUCACUUUAUGACCUUGUGAGAGACAGAAGAUGCUGAAAGCACCGCAGAGACUCAGCUUUCAGAGACUCUGAAGCACAAGUGUUGAGUUUCAAAUGGUAGUUCUUGUCCUUUUUCACGGCAAGAGGGGAAAAGAGUUGGUUGGGACGCUGUCUGACAACUCGACUUUCACAACUCUUUGCAGACUGUGAGCUCAGCUAUGCAGUACCGGCUACAGCAAUAAUAUUAAUCAAAGGAUGAAAGAGAAAUGGAUUGAAGUAGAUGAUUGUAGGGAUUUAUGUUUAUUUUAAUUAUAACUCAUAGCAAUAUAGAAUAUGCAUGUGCACGUAUUUGAAGCAUUUUUACACUUUACAUUUCAUGUAGUUUGAUUAUAUUAUGAAGGAUUGGGUUUUUAGUUUGAUAUUUUACCACGCUAAAAUGGGAGGUCUGCCCAACCCUGUACUGGAUUCUUGUUUCCUUUAAAAGGUUAUUUAGUACAGCACUCACUGCAUUGUGUACUAGUGCUAAAACUAACACUGUAUCUUAUGAAUUUCUUCAGCUUUAAAAAAAAAUUAACCUCAUUACUAUUACAUUUGUUUAGCUGUACCCAUUGACCUUGUGAGAUUCAGUUGGUUAUUUGUAUAAUUUCAUUUUCUGUAACUGUUAAUAAACUUGUACAGCUAAAACAAACAAAACCUAUGGACAAAGGCCUCGGAGGUACCAGUUCUGCUUCAGCAAUCCAGAUGACAGCUUGCUUACCGAGUGACUAUGUUGCUAAACAGACUGUAAAACCUCUUGUGGAUUGUCCAUAAAAUGGCAUUCCGACAUGUGCCUUAUUUGCUGGAUAGUAUACAGCUUUCCUCUAGUAUUCUAGCAUUUUAAUGCUACAUUAAAAAAAUGAAAAAAAAAAAA